UCCAUCAAGUCAAGGGCGCCUUCCCCAAGUCCUUCUGCAACCUUGCUUUUGAAAAGCCUCAUCUUACACCGCAUCUAAACCGAGUCGCACAGCGCUAGUUUUUUUAAAAAAAAAAAAAUAACAUUGUCAAUAACAGAUCGACUGUAUUUGAAGUUCUUAUAAUAUAGCUGUCUCAAACCUCUUCAUGAUGUUUUAUCGUCUUCGAACCAUUGUGCUAACCAAUUGGAUUGGUGUAUUAGUGAUGGCGCAGACUACUACCGACCUAGUUUUCCCUAGGGGUAGUGACCUCAAGAUUCCAGCCGGAGAAAAGAAGAUCUUUGUGGCCCUAGGAAAAGGCUUUCAGCUCUACAAAUGCGCUGCCGCUCCCGGUGGGACAGCGCUUACUUGGACUUCUGCCGGAGCAUCCGCUGAUCUGUUCGACCUGACUGGAGUCCCAAGCCCAGAAAAAAUACCCGACGAGUUGAUGAGAGGGGGGAGAAGUACCGCCGCUCGACCGAUCUUGGGGGACGGAGGGUUCAAGAACGUUGGGAAACAUUUUUUCACUCAAGCUGGGGGAAACUCAGGAAAGCCACAUCCGGUCUUUGUAGUUCAAGGUCAAACAAUGAAUGCAGGCAAAGUGGCUAGCACCCCGUCUCCUGGUAAGCCCGAGCGAAACGCAGAUUGGUUACAAUUAAAGGUCACUCCAGCAACAGGCUUUGCCAAAAGUAUUUUCAGAACCUCAACCCGUGGUGGACAACUCGCCAAAGUCCCAUGCACACAGGAAGACACCAAAUUAACAAAACCUAGGGAAGUCCCCUAUGCAGCCCUUGUAAGCCAUUGUCAAUACAAGAAAGAAUAUGAGCUUUGA